AUGGACUGGUUUUCUUGGCUCUCAAAAACAGGGCUAGAGCCCUCCCUUAUUUAUGAGUAUGGCCUAGCUUUUUCUCACAAUGAGCUCGAAGAAGAAGAUAUAGCUUACUUCAAUCACGAGCUCCUCCAAAGCAUGGGAAUUUCAAUAGCCAAACAUAGGCUUGAAAUUCUCAAGCUUGCUAGAAAAGAAAAAGAUAGCGUUCCACAUCCCAUGUCAAGGCUUUUUAUUGCUAUCAAGAGGACGAAGAGGUGGUUUUCUAAGUAUUUUCAUGCACGGACCCGUCGUGAGGACUCUUCUCUCGCGCUCGUGCCAAGGCAUGGCCAUAGAUCAGGAUGGAAUUAUGAUAUGGUCAAGAGGAACAAGAGACUGGUGGUAACUAAACAAAGUAGAGAAACACCACUUUUGCUUACAAAUGGUAGUCCUAUGUUGAUGCAUAAUUCGCAAACUAAUAGCUUGUCGAGCCCCCUAUAUAUGAUGUCGCAUGAUCUUCACAAAGACGAUCAGAAAAUGCAUCAUCAAGAUUAUGAAGAAUAUUGGUCAUCUGCUGUUGAAGAUAAGAGGUGGGAUACAAUGUUUCACAACUUGAAACCAACUUAA